AUGUCAGGACAUGGAAAUCGAAAAGCUCGAGUCGAUACAAAGUUGACUAUACCCAAAAACAAUAACAAUAGAACAUCAGGAGCUAUUGCUACACCACGUAAUUUAGCAGAGAGAACAUCACAUGGAAUUGAACGCUCAGCCAGUGCAUUUUCAAUAGUGAAUGCGUCAAUGGCAAAUUUACAUAUUAAUACAGCAUCAGCAAAAGCUUCGCGUUCUCAAAGUUUUCGUCAAGUAAAUCGUCGACGAGAGUUAUGUUCAGCAGUACCUGAUUCAGCUGGAUUAACACCAGUUCGUCGUCCCGAUAAUGGUGGUUCAAAAGGUGACCAAAUAUCAGUCUUUACCAACCACUUUCAUGUUGACAUUGGUAAUGCUAUCGUUUAUCAGUACGACAUUGAUAUUGUUAUGAUUGGUCAUAAUGGCAAAUCUUUUUCUGCACGUAAAGAUGAUCGUUGGGAUGUCGUACAAACCUUUAUUAAGGAAAAGAAAGAUUUUCCUGUUGUGUGGUACGACGAAGGAAAAACAUUAUAUGCACGAGAAAUAUUGCCUGAUUUGACGUUACCUAUUCAGAUAAAAGUUAGAAAAGACGAAGAAACGAAAACAUUUCAAUUGAACAAACUAAAUCUUGUUCGUCAAGAUAGAAUUGAAAGCAUAAAUGAUUUUAUUCAAAAGAAGACGAAUGUUCGUCCACAGGAGAUAGUUCGAACCAUUGAAACAUUGUUUAAACAACGUGCUCGAAAUGAUCUUAUCUGCAUUCGAAAUCAAUUUUACGAUCGACGUCGACAACUCGAUGAUCUUCAUGAUGGUCGUGGUGUAGCAAAAGGUUUUUAUCAAUCAUUAUUCCUCACACGAACAGGACCAACAUUAAAUGUCAAUUUAACAUUUACAUGUUUUUAUAUGCCACUCAAUUUUGUUCAAUUUGCUUGCAAAUACUUACGAAAAGAUAUUACUGCAAGUUUCAAUGAACGAGAAAAAAAAGCAUUUGAAAAAAUUAUUCGCAAUUUAUCGAUUGAAACAAUGCAUACAGGUCGCAGAAUUUUCUAUCGACUACAUGAAUUUGGUCGUUCUGCCAAUGAAAUUAUGUUUUCUAUUGAUGAAGACAAUGAAGGAACACCAGGUGCUACUGUAUCUAAAGAGAUUAGUGUUGCAGAUUAUUUUGAAAAAAAACAUAAAAGAAAACUUAUGUAUCCACAUUUGCCAUGCAUUAAUGGAAUAAAGGGAAAUCAAAACAAACCGAACUGGUUACCGAUGGAAGUAGUCGCGGUAGUUGAAUGGCAACGUGCAAUAAAACCAUUGGAUAAAUCACAACGAGGUGCUGUUUCCAAAAAUACGAUUAUUGAACCAGAAGACCGUUACAAUGAAAUCAUGAAAAUCCUACGUAACAAUCAAUAUGAGAGAGAUCCUUAUCUCAAAGAAUUGAAUAUUCAUGUUCAUGACAAAGAAAUGCUUGAAAUUAAUGCACGUGUACUCUCGCCUCCAGAAAUAAAAUAUCGUCGUCGUGGUCAAGGUGAAGUCAUUGAAUAUGUCAAUUGUGGUACAUGGCGCAUUCGAAAUUGGUUCUAUACAACAUCCAAAAUUCAUUCAUGGGGAAUGAUCUAUUUUGGCGAUACACCUGAUGAAUAUACCAAUAAUGUUCUUGAAGAUUUCCAAGAUCGACUACCAAAAUUAUUAAGACGCAAUGGUUUUAUAAUUCAUACUGAUCCAUCAUUAAUAAUAAAGAGUUCACGAGAAAAUGAUAUUCAUCGUACCUUACUUGAUGCUAGUAAAGAAAAAUGGCAAUUGGCAAUUGUUAUUCUUAAUAGUUACACUACGGAUACGCUCUAUAGCAUUGUUAAAAGUCAUGCCAAUCAAAAGAUUGGUUUGAUGACACAAUGUGUUAACUAUCAAGCUUUGAAACGCAACAUUAGCAAAUUAGAAAUGUGUAAGUAUUUACAUAAACUAAAAUAA